CGGGCAUGGACAUACACUCUUCUUCUGCGACGCCGCAGCCGCCUGGAGCGCCAGCGCCAGCACCUGCACCACCUGCACCAACCCCAUCAGCAUCAUCAGCCCAAGCCCCGCCGCCGCCGCCGCAACAACCAGGUGGAAUGAGCUCUGGCGCUGCUGGCUCAUCGCGCGCUCCCAGACCACCUUCCCUCGUGUCCACAAACCGCACGAGCACCACGAGCAAUCACUCGCGCGGUCAAUCGAGCGAUGGCCCAAGCCAGCCUCCCUCGCCCAUGACCUACUUCCCCAACCCGUCGACCUUUACAUCGUCGCCAAACCCCCAGUACCUGCCCAGUAUCCAGACGUCUCCAUCGCUCGCCUCGGCGCGACUCGGCGCCUCGUCCAUGUCUCACUCGUCGUUGUCAACCGACGACGAGAGUUACGCCGGUGUCUCGACACGUACUCCACGAGUCGUUGCAGGCCAGGAGCUGCAGUCGCAGCAGCAGCAGUUCUACUACCCCACACCGACGCCGGGCCAGAGCUGGCGAGCAGAGUCGGUUCCCCCAAUCAGCAUGACCGUGUCGCCGCGCGUUGGAGGCAACAGGCGGAGCGCAAGCGUCGCAACAAAUCGCACUAUCAACCCACCGCCCACCAGCCGUAGCACCAACAACCCUCCAUCAAGCUACGGCGCAACUGGGCUGCAUCUCGGCUCGGCUUUAGGAAGCGCAGGACUGCCUUCCACCGUCGGUGGACUCGACGCGCUCGGCCUCGGCCCCGCAUCCGCGAUCAAGGCCGCCGCUGCGGUCGACCCACGACGUAUCGCCAGCACGUCUGGCAUCGGUGUCCCUGGCCCAAGCCGCGCGAACAGGAGGCGAGGUGGCGCCGAAUCGCCAGCGACCGCAGGGUUCCCCUUGCCAAACAGUUUGCCGCACACCACACAGUCGCACCCUGGCACCGCGGCAGCUACCCCACGCCACCACCGGGGCCGCGACAGAGAGAUCGACAGCCAUGUGCCGACCUCGGCCCACACAUACUCGGGAUCGGGCGACCAUUUUACGUCUGAUGCGCCCUCCUAUGGGAGAUCAAACCGUGCGGGGCGUAGCAGUGGCGCCCCUCCAUCGACAUCGCGCCCCGCACACAAGAGGCAUGCGAGCGUGACCUCAAGUUUGGCGCCCGUCGCCCAGAGCUCGGCCGAACCGCGCUCGCCAGCUGGCUCAGUGUUCCGCCGGAGGCUGCAUACUGUCGGGAGCUCCAUCGGGUUCGGCAGGCCCGCACAGUACGACGCCGGCGACUCGGACUAUGGCGACUUCGACGGCGAAGACGAGGGCAAGCGGGCAAACGGGACAAGGGUCUGGUACUCGUCGUAUAUCACCAUCGACUGGCUUCACGACGCUAUCAAGGAGUCCUCGCGUGUGCGCCACCUUCGCCAUCGUGCACGACGGUCAUGGCGUGGGUCGAUAAGGAAUGCCUGGGACCGCUUCCAGGGUUGGUUAGUCGUCACCCUUGUCGGCGUAAUCACUGCGUGCGUUGCGUUCCUCAUCAUUCGCUCCGAGAUGGCCCUCUUCGAUCUCAAGGAUGGCUACUGCACAAAUUCGUGGGGCACGGCCAAACGCUUCUGCUGUGCGCCGCGUGCCGGCAGAGGCCACCCAGACCCGUCGAGCGGGGAGGAGGAGCCGUGUGGCGACUGGGUCGAGUGGGGUCAGCUCUUCGGCAGCGUCGAGGAGGCAGACCCAGAGGCUGUCUUCUGGAGCGAGCCCGAGUUUAUCGUCUACUUUAUCGUCGCCGUUGGGCUGGCCUGCACCGCGUCGGCGCUCACAUACUACCUCACAUCGUCGGCAACCCAUAUCACGUCGAAGGAUUCUGCCUUCCUCGGGCCUGAUCUUCCGCCCUCGCCUGCGUCGGCAUCGCAGCUCAAGAGCCCAAAUGAACGCCAGCCUCUUCUUCUCGAGGGCGCGCCCGAGGUUGAGGAGCCCAAACCCGAGCCCCAGCGCCCCGUGCUUUACAUGGCGGCCGGGAGUGGUAUUCCAGAGAUCAAGACAAUCCUGUCUGGCUUUGUCAUUCACGGAUACCUCGGCUUGUCGACAUUGAUUGUCAAGAGCGCAGGCCUGGCCAUGUCGGUCGGCUCGGGCCUCUCCCUUGGCAAGGAGGGGCCGUUCGUCCACAUUGCCUCGUGCAUUGCCAACAUUGUGUGUCGCCUGUUUGUCAAGUACGAGCAGAACGAGGGUAAAAGGCGUGAAAUCCUGUCGGCCGCUUGCGCGGCGGGCGUCGCCGUGUCCUUUGGAGCUCCGAUCGGCGGUGUAUUGUUCUCACUCGAGGAAGUGUCGACCUACUUCCCUCCAAAGGUCAUGUGGCGAAGCUUCUGGUGUGCAGCGGUGGCGGCUAUCACCCUCAAGGCGCUCAACCCGUACGGCAAUGGAUCAAUCGUCCUCUUCGCCGUCACCUACACCAAGGAGUACCACUACUGGGAGUUUGCCGUGUUCAUCAUCCUCGGCGUCUUUGGUGGCUUGUACGGCGCCUUCUUUUCACGCUGCAACAUCUGGUGGAGCAAGCACAUCCGCAAGGGGACGUGGCUCAGUCGACACCCGAUCAUCGAGGUGGCGCUCGUCACCGGCCUCACGACUGUCGUGUCGUUCUUAAACCCGUACACCAGGUUAGGAGGCACCGAGCUUGUGGCCAAGCUGUUUGCCGAGUGCACCGUCGACAAGUCGAGCUCGCUGUGUGUCGGCAAGUCGUUCAACAUUGGCCCUAUCGUGUACAACGUCGGCAUUGCACUCAUCAUCAAGGCGCUGCUCACGAUCAUCACCUUUGGCAUUGUGCUCCCCGCUGGAAUCUUCAUCCCGUCGCUCGUCAUUGGAGCGUGCUUUGGUCGCAUGGUUGGCAUUUGGAUGGAGUGGAUCGAGUUCCACCACCCCUACCUCCCGAUCUUUGAGGUGUGCAGAGCCACAGGCUGCGUUGUGCCGGGCAUCUACGCCAUGGUUGGCGCAGGCGCGACACUUGCUGGUGUGACGCGCACCACCGUGUCGCUUGCGGUCAUCGUCUUUGAGCUCACAGGCACCCUCAACUAUGUCGUGCCGGUCAUGCUGGCUAUUCUCGUGGCCAAGACGACUGCGGACGCGAUCGAGAAGCGCGGCAUCUACGAGCUCGUCAUCGAGUUAAAGAAGCUGCCCUAUCUGAGCAACAAGGAGGAGUAUCUUUGGGGCAGUGCCUUGGUCUCGGAGGUGAUGGACCGCGACGCGCCUACUCUUCGCGCCGACAAGCCGCACACUGUGCGCGAGCUCACUGGGAAGUUACUCGAGCUCGUGCGGCUUGGGUACGCCGACGCCGGGUUCCCGGUGCUUGUCAAAGAGCCAGCAAUUGACCGAGAGGGCCGGCCGACGUCAGUCUUACGCGUGCUCGGGUUCCUUGGCAUCAACGAGGUGGAGCACGCGCUUACCGCACUGGCCGAUGAGCCCGAUGCCAGCAUAAACCUCAUGCCCGAUGACACUGUGCCGAUGCCGCGCAGCAGCAUGAUGAGCAUCUUCAGUUUCCGCGAAAGCUCGGACGGGCGGGGCAACCCGUACGACCUGAGCCAGUACUUGGACAGGGCCCCAAUCACUGUCCAGGUGCACUCCCCGCUGGAGCUGGUGCAGGAGUUGUUCAUCAAGCUCGGUGCACGCCAGAUUCUUGUGACGGACGCACGCGGGCAGUACCGAGGCGCACUGUACAAGAAGCAGUGGAUUGCGUUCCUGGACGAGCUGGAGCACGCCGAGCGAUAGGCGCGCGUGCGUGCGUCGAGGCCGACAAGACGCGUCGCGGCGACAUUUACGCCACCAUUCUUUCCCAUUAGAUUUGUGCAUAGGGGUUGUUGCCUGCAGU